AUGGCCCAACCCAGGAAGAAACUAGAAUGGAAAAAAGAGGUGCCUUUUGGGCUCACCGCAUCGCAAUUUGGCAUGGCUCUCGGGCUUAGCGGACACAUUGUUCACUUUGUGGAUUAUGUCCGAAAUAUCGUUGGCACGGAGUUGGAAUUUACAGGCAACGCAAUUACUGAUCACGGUAUAAACACUGAGCCAAAGUCGCGUGCGCUGUAUGAAUUAUUAACCUCUACAGCUGUUAGUGACGGUGGCUUCUAUCUUUUGGAAGGAAGGCUUCUUGGUUGCUCUCCUGAUGGACGUGUCUUUGAGGACGCGCCACCGGUAUCUUCGCAGUUAAUGUCGCCAUCGCGAAAGGGAAAUGAAACCAAGUUGAUGGGUGUAAAGAAUGGGAAACAUCAAGAGAAUCCAAUAUCUAUCCGAAUUCCGUUCAGGUCAAAGAGUGUAAGGGAUGAUUCUUUAGCCACCACACCGUCUCCCGAUUCACCCACGGCUUCCACAUCGAAACGCUUGGCAAGAUUGUUGGAAAUCAAAUCCCCCUAUUACGCAUUAUACGACAGCACCAAACGCUUAUGUCACCCCUUUGGAAUACCUCAACAGUACCUUUGUCAAAUGCAAGGUCAGAUGGCGAUUGCCGAUGUGGAUGUAUGCGACUUCUUUGUCUAUCUGGAUAAACCAGUUUGCCAAGUUGUUGCAUGGCGAGUUUACCGCAGUGACGAGUUUUGGAGAUGGGCACACCCGAAACUUCUCCAAGUAGUGGAGUGGAUCCGCGAUGGUCCACCAAAGUCACUUACAAAAGACUUUAAGUUUGGCGAGUUCGACUAUUCAAGGAUUAACGUGGAGCCACUGAUUUUUCCGUAUGAUAUAUCUAACUCCAAACCAAUUUGCGACAAUCGACGUUUCCCCUUUUUUGCAAAGUUUGUGAACCCUUACAUGGACCCCCGGCGUAGCCGUGAGCAAGAGGAGAUCCUGCGGAUGCUAUCGAGCCCAGUGACACGAUUUCUUUUCGACAAUAACCAUGGACUCAUUAAGUCGGAAGGUGUUGAAUACGGUGAAGAGGCGAUGAUGUGGUGUUGUGCCACUGCAGAUAGCACCGGUAGCAUCAGCCGCUGUAGAAACUCGCUUGCAAGUCGGUGGUGCGGUGGUGCUCCCAAUGGGGCAGCGGCCGGAGGAGGGGAGGCUCUGGCGUUAUUAAAACCAGUUGAUUUUAGUGAUUAUCGAGUAACGUGCCGCGUAUAUACUCCAGGUGAACCGGCAUGCUGUGAUAGCAGUCAAGGAUGCGGCAUUUGUUUAAGGAGGUUAAGGUUCUGUGAAAGGAAGUUAUUCUCCAGGCUCAAUCCAUUAGCGUCCCCACCAGAUAUCAGGCAAUUAACCACACCUCUCUGUUCACAGCCUGAGGGCGCCGUAUUAUCUGUAAGUCAAAGCGAUCCGAUUGAGAGCGAUAAUGACCCAAUUAUUGUCGUCGAAGACGGGGGGACGUCAUCAUGUUCUUCUGUUGAGGUUAUUAGCUGA